CGUACCACUUUGAAUAGAUAUGUUACUGUGCCUCUAGUAAAAACUCCACAACACACGAAUAGUCCAAAAGCUCAAUAAAUUGAGACAUUUACUACCAUUCAUGUCAUAUGAUAAUGUUUGGUAUUAUUACAUAAAAUUAUACCACGUGGUAUAGAAGUGUAUAAGGAUGGUAUGAAUAUAUUAUAGUCUAGAAUAGUUGUAUACAUGAUAGCAUAAAUAUAUUAAUGGUCAUUUACCAUCCUAUACUAGGAUGAUAUAUGGUGGUAUAUUUGGUCUGCAAUCUUUCACUAAAAAUUUGUAGAUCCAAUAAAUAAUGAUGAACUUGUUCCUUGUGGAAUUUUUUCCUUCAAAUUUUGAGUUAAAAACGAAGGUGGUGCCAUAGUGGUAAUGAGUGGUAUGGAUCAUGGAUGUUAAAAAAAAAUUCUCGAAAUAUAUUGAAAAUUGAUAUCAUUUUGUAGAUUACUACGAACUCAUUGCAUCUAUACAAAAGUUUUUGGAAUCCAAGAUAAGCAAAGAAGAUACAGCCAAUUAAAUAAUAGAAAAAAAAAACAAAAUUCUUUGAUCUUCCCUUAGAUUUGACCAUACUUAAAAUCAAGGAACUAGAUAUGUUUAUGAAAGGGUUAUGCAACGCAUGGUCAUACAACUUAUCUUGGAUCCAUAAUUUGGGGAACAGAUCAGUGCAUAACCAUGCAUAACCCUAUGCUUAUCAUUUAUAAAAGACUACUAACUUUCUUCCAGUAAAGUUUAAAAGGCUUUAUCUUUUUCGUUUUAAGUUAAAAUUUUAAAAAAUUACUCAGAAAAAUCAUAUUAAUUGUGCUAUUCAAAAUGACACCCACUUUGAUAUAUUUUGGAACAAAAAGAAAUUGAGACUUUUAUUACUAGUCCAUACCAUGUGUACUAUUUGGUAUGUACAUAAGAUUAUACCAUGUUGUAUGGAAAUAUACCAUGAUGGUAUGAAUAUAACAUAGUGUAGAAUGGUUGUAUAAAUGAUACUAUGAAUAUACUAACAGUCAUGUACCACAUUCAUCAUCAUCUCCAUCAUUUACCACCUUAUACCAGGGUAGUAUAAAAUAGUAUGUUUAGUCCUCAACUAUUUUCCGCAUUAUCUCUUUCCUUUUAAGUUAGAAUUUAAAAAAUAUUGCACAGAAAAAUCAGAUUAAUUGUGCAAUUUAAAAUGACAUUCACAUUGAUAUAUUUUGGAACAAAAAGAAAUUGGGACUUUUAUUAUUAGUCUAUACCAUGUGUACUAUUUGGUAUGUACAUAAGAUUAUACCAUGUUGUAUGGAAAUGUACCAAGAUGGUAUGACUAAAGCAUAGUGUAGAAUGGUUGUAUACAUGAUAGUAGAAAUAUACUAAUAGUCAUUUACCACAUUCAUCAUCAUCUAACACCAGUUACCACCCUAUACCAAGGUAGUAUAAAGUGGUAUAUUUAGUCCUAAACUAUUUUCCCCAAAAAAAAUUUGAUCACGGAGAUCACGAUAGAUCACGAUGAAAUCUUUCCUUUUGAGCAAAAUUACUCAAAAUUUGAGUUGAAAAUAAAUGUGGUACCAGGUGAUAACAAGGUGGUAACGGAACGGUAACGAGUGGUAUAAAAAAUGCUCUAAAUAUAUUAAAAAUUUGAUCUCAAUUGUAGAUCAUAAGAAACUCGUUUUGUGCAAAAAAAAAAAAAAAAUCCAAAUCCAAAUUACAAAUUACAAAUUCCUUCAUUAUAUCUAGGGCUGAGAAUCGGUGCGGUUACGGUUAAUCACACCAAAAUUUGAGGUUAAUUGCAACGGAAAUGAACCCAUAUAUAUGCUAACUGCAAUCACACUGCAAACGGUUAGUGGUUAACCACUAACCGUAAAGUACGGUUAACCACGUUACUAACUGUUAUGAUGGUUUGGGGACAUUUUGGUAUGUAGUUGUGCCAUUGUGUCAUGGUUAACCGCGCUAACCUUAGUUAACCACAUGUAACCGCGUCAGUAAUCAGUUAAAUUGCGGUUACCUAUUGUUCUGUUGCGGUUAACUCGCAACCCGCAAAACAUACAAUAUUGCUAACCACGAUGGCAAAAUAGAUUGUUUUUUCAGUUUGCAAUUAACCGCAAAACCGCCACCAAAUUCCCACCCCUAAUCAAGGGUGGAAGGAGAAGGUUAGAGGGUGGGUACCCGGACCCACCUUGGCUUGGGAGGAAAAAUGGUAAAUUAGGUAUGAUAGCUAAUCGAGUAUGAAAAUAAAACAUGUAUUUAUAUGAAAAUAGUUGACCGGUGAAAUAUUUUAUUUAUGAUUUAUAAGUUGUGUAUUGACAUAUUCAAUGUUUUUAUAACUAGUUAUGUACAAAUGACAAUGAUGCAUAUGAUCCGUCCAAAAUUAAAGAUGUACUUGUUCAAUAUCUCGAACAAAUUUCUACCAAAUCAUAGCUAAUUUAUAAAAUAAUUUUAUUUCAAUAAGGGAUAGGGAGAGUGUAACGGGCAGCUACUAAGGACAAAAGUGAGUAAAAAAAUAUUAUUUAAUUGAAAAUGAAAAUUAAGGCACUUCUAAUUGAGAAUGGUUGAUCGAGAGAUCAUGUGUUCGAAUCUUGGCGACUCCAUUUGUUAAGCAAAUGAUAUUCGGAUUUGCGAAAAAUCUAAGCACGUAUAAGUUGGUUUUCGUUAGCGGGGAAGUGUCAGUAAAUAUUAAACAGUAUAAGUCCAUUAUUAAAUCUUUCACAACAACUCAAGUUAUUGAUACUAAACUGUCUUGACUUGACGGAGAACAACAUUCAAAAAACAAAAUAUCUAACUAAAUCAAUAAUAAAUGAAAUCAGGAAAUAUGCUUUGUUUGUUUAUGCUGUAGUUACAAAACGAUGAGCGAGAAACAAAACAAGGUGGGCCAUCCAUCCAGUGGGUGGAAAUGAACGUUACUUUUUUCCAGAUACAGAGUACAGACCUUCCCCUUUAUCUAUGGCCGGCAUUGAGCACCUUGGAGAGCGUAUUGUCGUAACUAGAGCUAGUCGCAUUGUCACGAGAGAGAGAGAGAGAGAGAGAGAGAGAGAGAGAGAGAGAGAGUGUUAUUGUUGCGAUCCAAUAUUACCAUGGGGAAGAUGAGUUGCUUUGGAGUUGUGCUGGUGGUGCUGCUUCUCCUGCACCCUUCUCGGGAAGGAGUGAUGGUGGCGGAGGGGAGAGUGUGCUCGUCGAAAAGCCACGGCUUCAAGGGACCCUGCGUCCGCGACCACAACUGUGCCCAGAUCUGCAGGCUCGAGCAUUUCUCCGGCGGCGACUGCCAGGGUUUCCGCCGCCGUUGCUUCUGCACCAAGAAGUGCUAGUAAUGAUAUGAACGGUGCCCGGCCGGCCGCCGCCCUCUUUGUUUCAUUCCGUCCUGCAUGUGUGUUUCGUGUAAUAAGGCCAGGCUAGCACACUAGUUGGCGAGCUACCCCCGGGCCGCUUUUCUGCUACUUUCAUUUUUUUUUUCUUUCUUUUUCUGCCUCUUUGAUUUGCUUUCCUCUUCUGUUCUGUGUUGCUGUUUGUUAGCUAUCCAAUCUUUUUUUUUUUCAUCAAGAAGCAGACAAAUGAUGAUCUAUCGGUUGCUGCACUUCUUUCUCAUCCUUGUGAAAAAAAAAAUUCAAAUUCAAAUUAGAACAGCAAAGAUAAAAGCUAAAUAAAAAAUUAGAAGAAAAAAAAUUCUUGUAUUUUCACUCAUUAUAUCUGAUCCACCUCAAACCAUAGUUCGUAUAUGAUUAUGCAAAAGUUAUACACCCUAAACCUCAAACCAUGAGUUCAUACGUGGUUAUGCAAAAGUUAUUUCUACCUUGGACCCUAAAUUUGGCGCUGUGCGCGCUACUUAGAUCGCACAUUAGAGCUGAAACUAUUUUAAGUAAAAUUUGGAAAGAUUAAUAUCAUUUUAUAUCCUAUAUUAUUGCAGAUUAAUUAUGUACCCUUCAAUUAUAUUUUUAUACAAACAUACUCUUUAUCCAUGAAAAUGUAACGAUAAUACCCUUCCGUCACUAUUUCUGUUAAGUGAUCGUUAAAAGAUAUGCAAAAGGACUUGUUUGCCCCUUUAACCUUGGGUAACCUUUUCUUUAUGAUUUUUUUUCCUAAAUAUUUUUCAAACAGACAAUAAAUAGCAAAAAUAACGAUUAAUUUAGUAGGUUUAAACUUUCCUUUUGUCCUUUGGGUAUGGAGGUAUCCCCACAAUAUUCUUUCCUAUCCCACAUUCACCAAACCUAGGGAUGGCAAUGGGGUAUCUAAACCAUCCCCAUCUCAUCUUCAAAUACCCAAAUCCAUACUCGCCCCAUACCCAUGCGGAGAAUGUUUUGCAAACCCAUCCUCAUAUCAGUGGGUUUCGGGUAUCCAUGGGUAAUACCCGUACCCGUACCCAUACAUCCAAUAUUAUUAUACCUAAAAUUUACAAGAAAAGUUUUAAUUAUUACUCUAAACGAACCUAUUAUAUCAUGAAGUCAACAAAACACGAUCAUUUUCUUAAUACGGUUCAAAGUAUAUGAUCCUAAAACAUCCAUUAAUACAUAAUAUAGAGUAUAAUAUUUUUCAAAUUAUUAUCUUCUAACUCUUAUACAUCUACUAAGUAAUAAUUAACUAACAUAAUCUUGUAGACAAGGGGAAAAGUGAAAGAGUGAAAGGAGAAUUGAGGGAAAAUGAAUUAGAUUUUGAUUAAAAUGGUCACUCAAUUGCAUUUCUACUAUUUAUUUCCUUGAAUUAUCCUCAUCACCAUUGAUAGAUUACAAUUUAAUUCACAUAUUUUUUUAUAUGUGAAGAAAUUCUCUUGGUGGGGCGGGUAUGAGUAUGGGUAUGGGGCGGGGAGGUCAAAACCAUACCCGCCCCAUACCCAUCAAAAUUUUUGCGGGUUUUACCCAUACCCGCCCCAUGCCCGGUCUAAGCGGGGAUUCCCCGCGUUGACUGGGUCGGGGGCGGUACCCGCGGCCAUGGGUUUUAUUGUCAUCCCUAACCAAACCCAUCGUCCUUCAUCAUCGACCCAGCUACUCCUCCGAUGCCAGCUUCUACUUCGCCAUCCAACUCCUCCGCCGCUAGCUUAGGGUGCAUCUUUUUCGGCCACCUUGAAAUUGAAGUGAUUUUCGACCGAUUGGCCGGCGAGACAUUGAAGGGUAUGUUCGUAAAAAAUUAAAUAAAUGAGUACGUUUACUAAAUUACCGUAGUAGAGCGAUACAAAAUGCUAUUAACCCAAUUUCAAAUAUUUUGUUUUGCUUAUGCUUGUAUGUUCUAUUGUUCUUACUUGGGAUGAGAGAGAAACAAAAUAAGGUGGGCCAUCCAGGGGUUGGAAAUGAACGUUACUUUUCCGG